UCGCCCCCUGGUGGCUGGCUGCAGUACAAGUCAUAAACCCUGUCCUCUUCAUGCAAACGAACCAGAUUCAGGUCAAAAUUGCACUUAAAAAUGUUACGAAAGAUGUUUUUGGUCUUUUAAGGUAGUUGGUAGUUGUUAUCAUGCUGAUAUAUGUUCAAUUGUCGGACUGUCGGAGCUUCGAGGGGAGAUUAAAGAUAUAACUAACUAUUCAUUUUCGAUUUCUGUGUUAUUUCACACCGACAAAAUGAGUUGUAUUUAACUUACCUUAUUUUAGCAAGCCAGUCAAAUGAGACAUUCAAGGGUCGUGGUUGAAUUGGGCGUGCUAGCGUUUGUGCGGAAGUUUGAUAACGCGGCUCCGCCCACCGGGCUCCAUGGACGAUUCCUUCUGCGCAUGCCUUGGCUCCAAACUGACGUUUUUGCGUAACAUGUCAUACAUUAAACUAUGGUUAUAUUCAGCUUUCAGAUGAAAAAUUACCCUAACGAGUGGUUUUGUGGUCCAGGGUCACAUUUAAAGUAGCGCUUGUUGUUUGUCAUUUUUGCGAUCACAAAUGCAGACAUGGUUUUAUGUUUAAGUAUCUUUACCUUACCAAUCUGUUAUGUUCUGCUCAAGAUGCGUGGCAAAUUUGAUUGAUCAGCUUGGUCAUCUGCAUUUUCUAGAUCAGAUUCAGCUCUGAUUGAUAAGGUAGUAAUCAAUAUACUUGAGGUAUUCAGGCCAAUCACAACGUACUAGUUAGCUGGCCAAUCGUAGGACAUGGUGCUUUUCAGAACGAUGAGCUUUGUACAACAUCAGAGCGUUUGAGGAAGGCGAGGAAAUCUGGAGCAACAAAAAUGUACGGUAUGUGGUAAAUAAUGUGUUUUUUAACCAUACGAACCCAUUAUAUUACAGAAAAUACACAAAAUAGAAUUUUCUUUAGCAAAGUCAUAGGGGCUCUUUAAAAAUACCCAAUUUUACCACAUAACUAGAAAAGAGAGCAUCGUGAUUUUCGCAAAAGUCAUAAGCAAACAUAUCCAUUAUUCAUAUCCCUGUACCUUUGUAUGUAAGAUGUAUCCCACAAUGCAAAGCAUAACUCCAUGUCCAAUGUGAUUAAUGCAUAUCAAAUUUUAGUUAUCAGAAAAUCAUGCCUAUAUUCUUCACCCAUUAUUUGACAAAAGUUCAUCAAUUUUACAUGACAUUGGAUUAAAAAUGGAAAGUAUUUCAUUCUGCAAAUUCACAGAUAACUUGACGUGAGGUUGAUGAGGCACAGAUGACAUUUCAAAUACGCAAAAUGUUUGGUAGUGCCUAUUUAAAUAAUACAGUAACAGUAGGCGGUGCACAGUACAGUAUACAAGGCAAGGUGUGUGUGUGUGUGUGUGUGUGUGUUGUUUGUUUAGUCACAGCCUGUUGAACCGGUCUGAUCGGUAUCGGUGGAGUCCUGCAGAUGUGAAUGAACAGAACAGACAGAUAAAAAAUGAAAGACACCAAAGUGAAUGAGAAAGAGACAACAGCUCACGAAAGAAGAUCAACAUUGGACAUGUAAAGUGUAACAUGAGGAAACGAUCAGCUAACCAAAGUGAAGGGUUAAAGUCUAGCGAGAGAGAGGUGUGAAGAAGAUCACAUGUUACUCGUGUGUAAAUAUAUAUGGAGGAAUCAUUCUAAUGAAGACUGUAUGGAUCUCUAUCAUUCACCACACACAGAUACUCAUCUUCAUCUUCUCCAUCUGUCAUUACACUCAGGCCAUUACCAUUCAAGUCCAGAGCAACGCUGUCAUAGCUCCAAUUCAGGGAAGUGCAUUUUUCUCCGUGGAUUUCAAAUGCAUCGGCAUACCGACAAUCAAAUGGAUGUUCAAUGCCAUAGACAAGCAGCACAGGAUUGCAACCUGGAUACCCGGUGGCUUAAUCAAUAUCACACAACUCUAUGAAGAAAGAGUGGAAACCCAUUUUAAUGGCUCACUCACUAUAUCACACUUACGCCUACAAGACUCGGGUUAUUAUAUCAUCACUGUAACGGAGCCAUCUGGAAACAGCAAAGACGCAGGUGUGCUACUGAAUGUAACAGAGGUGCUGUAUGAGGACAUACAGUAUCUGAUCGUGUUUAUCAUUGUGUUGGCGGCACUGGCCGCGUUUCUCAUGCUGUGUGUUUGGCUCUUGAAUAAACUGUACCGAUACGCCAAAGCCUGGUGCAUUAAGAGACACUUACCAGAGCACAAUGCAACCGAACUACAGCCACUGUGAUAAGCACAGAUGUGGAUGCAGCAUCAGACCGACAUACAGGACACAUGCCACACGUCCUCAAAACAUUGAGAAGAUGAACUCUGGCAGAUCUCUAGCUGAAUGAAACUCACCAGAUUUAUCUUCAGAUAAGUCCAUGUGGAAUCACUGUAAAGGACCCAACAUUUGACAGCAAAGACCUUUCUUGUUACACAGAUAUAUGACUGUUAACACUUGAAUGGACUUCACAUGAUGCCUACUUGGGACACUUUUGUGAAUCGUACUGAAGGGCACUCAAUGAUAAAGGAUUUUGAAAUUGUUUGUGUAACCUAAAAAUCACAUAAUAAUCGCACAAUACUGCAAAAAAAGAUCACGAAAUGAAUGAUUUCUUUGAAUAUAAGCUGAUCAUAGUGUUUAUAGCACACACUAAAUAACAAAAAUAAUGACAGUAACAGGGUUAUGGGUUGAUCCCUUAUAUCCAGAUUAUCAUCCAUACGUGUUGAGAUUUAUUAAAAGUAUUUCACCACAUUAUUUAUUCACAAGUGUCUUGUAUAUUGUGUGCAAAUGUGGUUGUUCUUGUAACUUUAUGAAGUUUUAUUGUGAGAUAAUUCUAGCUUUGAUAA